GGGUUGAAGAUGUCUCCUUCGUUGCAAACUUCUGACUGAAAUUAAAAUACCCUCUGCAAGGGUAUUAAAAUGAAGCGAAUGAUCUAAUGUACUGAUUUUUAUGUAUACACAAGAUAUUUAAGAUUUAAACUAGUAAAUAUGUCAGAUAUAUUUUAUCUAUAAUACAUAAGGUGGGUGCCCAGCUAGCACUGCGGAUCCCUUGCAGCCUCACCUUCCAGUGGUGUGGCCUCAAGGUCGCGACCCACUUGGAGGCCAUUGUUCUUGGCAUUCACACCGACGAAAAGCACCUAGCACCUGGCACAUGAUAUCUGACACCCAGCACCUAACACCCAGCACCUGGCACCUGGCACGCGUGGUUGUUUUGUUAUCGAUUGCUAACCCAUUUGGGAGCGCCAGUCUCCUGGCAACAGCCCAUGAUUGCGCCAAUCAAUCGGGUAGUGAUUUGGUCAGUAGUUGGGUAUUCAUCCAUUGUUUCAAACGGUGCGGUGAUUGUGUAAGAAGAACAGGACAUGUCGAAGGCCAAAUCCAUCCUUGCUGUGGACAAGGAGCAGGAGCUGCUGCAGAGCUUUCUGCGCACAGGAGCGGCGGCGGAGGAGGAGUCGCAGGACGAGGCAGGCAGGCGCACCAAGGGUCGGUCCCACAAGCCGCCCAUCUGGGAGCGGCGCGAGUCCACGGAUCGCGGUGGGCGGGGUGGCGGACGCGAUGGCAAGCAGGCGGACGACGGAGGAGCGGGCGGAGGCGCCGGUGGCGACGGCCAGGGUGGCAAGCGGGGCAAUCGCAUCGAGGCCGAGCUGCGGGCCGCCCGCAAGCGGAUCGAGGAGCAGAUAGCCAAGAAGAAGAAGCCCAAGGAGAACUUCGUCGACUUCUACACGGACAAGGACCGGGCGGCGGCGGUCAGCGCCGGCGCCUUCGACAUCAAGCAGAGUCUGCAGAUCAAGCAGAAGCAGGACCGCAACGAGGCGCUGCUCAUCCCCGACGAGGCGGACAUCAGCUCGGUGAUCGCCCUGGGCCUCAAGGAGAUCAAGAACGCCAAUCCCGAGAAUGCCAUCCACUUUUUCUGCAAGGCACUGGAGCUAAAUAGCACGGACAUCAACGCUUUGAUUUCGCGCAGCAAGUGCUACCUUUUGCUGGGCGAGGCUUCCAAGGCGCUCCAGGAUGCGGAGACGGCGCUGGGGGAGGACAAGAACAACAUCCGGGCCAUCUACCAGAAGGCCGAGUCGCUCUACUACCUGGGCCAGUUCGAGCAGAGCCUGAUGUUCUUCCACCGCGGCCUGAGGGCUCGUCCGGAACUGGCCCUCUUCCGGCUGGGCGUCCAAAAGACGCAAGAGGCCAUAGAGAACACGAUCGGUAGCAAGCCCGGUCUGGUGGCGGCAGCGCCUUCCGCCUCCGCCCCCAAGAGCGGCAAGGGGCGGAAGUCCGGAGAGGAGACGCCAAAGUCGCAGGCAGCUGGCGCCAGGAUUCGCCAGAAGCCCAGUCGAGCGGACCUGGAGCGACGCAAUGCCCGCAAGCUGCUGGGCGAACUGUGCGUGGACAAGGAGUACCUGGAGAAGCUCCUGCUGCAUCCGGACCUGGUCCGGGCGGACACCCACACGGAGAGUAUUUCCGCGUACGCCCGCGAGGCGGUGGAGUUCCUCAACAAACGGCAGGAGUUCUGGCGCCAACAGCGUCCAUGCACGGCGCUGCCCAACCACAAGAAUCUGCCCCAUGACGCCCUGCCCAAGUGGUUCUAGUGGUUCCACUGGUUCUAGCUGUCCCUGGGACUUCGAUGUUAAGUUUUUGUUUGAGUUGAGCCCACUUGAUAAGCUAAAAAUAAA